AUGAACAAAUAUAAUCUAUCGAAUGAUGGAUCGUUGGCCAUAGUACCAGUGGAAUACCGAUGGGCAAACAAAGUAACAAAUUUCACUGAUCAACAACAAUAUUCAAAAUAUGUAACUCAAGCACCAUCCGUUUCAUCAUCAUACAGUGAAUCCAUAUGGAAUAGUUAUGCGAAACACAGGCCGAUGAAUAGCAUGAAAAAUGAUAAGGAAAAAUGUCGCACGACUUGGUAUAUUUAUCUUGGACUCUUGUUAACAGGCAUGUUCUCGGCGACUUUGGCAAUGAGUAUUUAUGCAUUGGUUCGUGUACAGAAAUUGACAACUAUAGAAGUGCCGGUUGGUACAAUUCUUCCGUACAGCGGUGCUGUACAGCAACUCAUCGCAUCAGAUGAUAAGUGGCUAUUUUGUGAUGGUUCUCAAGUAUCUCGAUCAACGUAUAAUGCAUUAUUUCUUGCCAUUGGUAUCACUUACGGAGUGGGCGAUGGUAUAAACACUUUCAAUUUGCCUGACUUUCGAGCUCGAUUUCUGUUGGGUACUCUUACGACUAACGACACUUCGCUGGCCUUUGGUGGCAAUGCAUCUCACAAUUUAACUGUAGCUGAAAUGCCCACUCAUAGUCAUAGCCAAGGAUCACUCGUAACUGACACGGCUCCAGCACAUACUCAUAGUGUUAGUGAUCCAGGGCAUAAUCACGGUGGGUCAACAAGCUCUAGUUCAACAUCCUACCUUUAUUAUUAUGGCCCUGCAGGAGGAGCCUAUGCUUCAUAUACGGGUGCAUCUGGUUAUUUUCAGAUUUCAUCUCAUACGCACACGAUAAACACUGAUAUGACAGAUAUCUCCUUACAAACAAGUCGUAGCCAUUCUCAUACGAUAAGUGGAACAACAGAUUCAGAAGGGUUAGGUCAACCAUUUAACACAAUGCCACCUUAUCACACAGUUCACUAUAUUAUUCGAGUACAUAUAUAA